AUGGCGAAGCCGUCUGUCGCCAACGGGAGGCUCGUUCGGGAUCUCGAGAUGAACGUGGCAGAAGAGGCCGGGUCCGCGAUUUGGGUGGCCGCCGAGGCGCAGACAGCCGCCCGCCAGAGGGCCACCCAAGAGCUGGGGUCGAUGGAGGCGAACAGCAUGAACGUCCAGACCGAGGUCACGCAGGGCGUUGUGGCGGUCAUUCACGGCGCCUCCCACGACGCAGAGGACGGGGUGGUGACCGCGCAGGCAGAGGCGGACUCUCUUCGCGCCGCAUUCGAAAAGAGUACAGCUGCGCGCGCAAGCUGCGAGUCGCCACUGCCGUGCUGGCUUCGGGUCGGCAUGGUCGAGGAAGGCUGCGAGGUCCGCGAGGCCCAGGACACCCUCACCACGCACGGAGCGCACCACCGAGGAUGGCAGGCCAUGCCUGUAAGCAGCGAGGGCCAACACAGGACCCAACGAAGCCAGGUAGAGCGCAUCCGCAGAGUGGUAUGCGCUGUGGAGCCCCAGGUCGGCCACCCGCUCAAGCAGAGCAUCUCGAAGAGCCUCGAUCCAGACAGCCGGCGCCACGUCGGCCGAGACGGAAAGCGCAAGGAGCGGGAGGCCCGAAAGAACGAGGAGGAGGCUCUGAAGAAGCGCAUCAAGGACGAGGUGGAGGCGAAGGAGGCCGCGCAGAAGGCCCGCGCGAAGGAGAUCGCGGACCGGCAGCAGGAGGAGAUCAACAAGCGGCAAGAGCACGUUGCCGCGCUGAAGGCACGCAAGAUGCUCCAGCGGCUCCACAGACCAGCCCUUCCGGACAACAUCAGCAAGGCCGAAUUCGAGAAGCUCGUGGACGAGGUCAGAAACGCCAUCGAGGACUCCUCCGAGGAGAUGGGCUCGCUCGCCGAGAACAUGCGGGAGCAGUGCGAGAAGGCGGUGGCCGAGGCGGAGACGCGGGUGUUCCGCUGCGACGCGCUGGCCAAGGAGAGGGCGAAGUUGGCGGACGACGCGGACUGCAAGGUGUCGGAGGCGCAGAGAGCUCUGCAGGCCUUGUCGCAGCAGACCACCGUGGAGGACCCCGCGGAGAUGCUCGAGCGGGUGAUGCACGCGGAGGGCGCCGUGGAGGCUUGCUCGGAGGCGCUGGAAGCCGCGCUGAAGGACCUGCCGUCGGCCAUGGCCGAGCUGGGGCCCAGCGAGCGGACGAUCCUCUGGGAAGAGACUGGCCAGGAGGAGAAAGUCAACUUCAGGGAGCUCAACUCCCGGAUGACCACCCACAAGCUGACGUUGACGAAGCUCAGAAUGUCGUUCAAGACAGAGAAGGAGCGCGUCACCAGGCGGGCGCAGGCGCUGGCCAACGAGCGUAAGUUGAAGGACAAGUUCAAGUUGUACGAUCGUGGCGGCAAGGGCCACAUGGACAAGGCGGAUGUCGCCAUCAUGGCGGGCGCCGAGUUCCAGUGCGAGCUCUCCGGGGAGCAGCUGGACAACCUCUUCAGGACAAAGGGAGCGGAAGGAUUGUCAAAUACGGAUUGGCAAGCUCGUAGGGUUGACCAGAGGAGGCAAUAA